AGAGAAGUGGCGGAUGUGUGCCAGAUCUGGCCCAAAUAUUUUUGGAUGUCAGGGUAGGCCCUAUACUCGUUAUUUUCUCGCCGCAUGAGAGCUUUUCAAUUGAACAAAAUCCAACGUCCACCUUUUAAUCAAUAAUAUUAGGCAUAUCUGAGGAACUUGACCUCAGCUGCGGGAGACCAUCAAUCUAUGAUUACGCACAAUUAUUUGGAAUAUUUACUUCAUUCAGAUGUGCGAGAAUAUGCGACUUGAGUGCUUUGGAGUCCUAUGUAGGCUAUCUGCGAGAGAGACGUUUCCACAUUACUGACGGAGAAAGGGAAGGAACGACUGAUCUUUUUCCACGCGUAAGGACAUGAGUCGGGAUAGAGACCUUUGAUCAGAUACAGUGUUUUCUUCACAGACUUGCGAUAUCUGCAUUAAGAGUCGACAUGGAAUGGAAUUUCUUAACCUCCUGCAUUAAAACCGCGUCGGUAUUUCAACACAAUCUCUCUAGCCAUAAAAACCGCCAAUAUUUAGCAUGACCUCACAAAAGAAGUUUCUCAAUUUCAAAUAGCUUACUACCAUUUCAAAAGGACUGCGCAGCACGAAUUCGAGUAGCCUAGCCUGUAUGUUAUUGUGGUUAACGUGGUAGAGACGUUGCUUAUCAUGGAAAACUGGGUGAGUCGUUACGCGCCUCAACGAAACAUUGUCUUAAAAUGAGGCGAGGUCGCGUCUCUGUUAUUUAUUUUUGAUGCAUAUCUUUUUAAUUCCACGAGAAUAGACCUAAGAUAUCAGCGAUACUUCGCCACUGUUUUUUGUCAUUUUUAACCGGGAGGAUUUUCCCAAUUUUAUUUGCAGUGGUUGUCUCGAAGAUAGCAGGUUAUUAAUUUUUAAUCUUUAUGCAUCCGCACGAAGAAGGAACAAGAAAGGAGAAACGACGGAUAACCAGAGGGGAGGAAUGAGACUGAGUGAAAAGAGAGACAAGGAAGAAUGAAUGAGAUAGACUGAGCAACGAAGGAAGGAGAGUAAUCAAGGAUCACCCUCGUAGAGAGGGUGUGAGUGGAGGGGCUCUCUCCACACACCUGUGCCUGCUGACCACGCCCAGAUCCCCACGGCCCGCCCCUGACCCCACCCUCCAACAUGGCACUGUCUGUCUGGCUGCUGUGUACUUGUGCUGUCACCUCCCUGCUCAUCGCCCCCUCAGCUCAAGCUCUGAGUCGGUCAGCGAUGCCCUUCGGCCUGAUGCGUAGAGAGCUGGCGUGCGAGGGCUACCCCAUCGAGCUGCGCUGCCCUGGCAGUGAUGUCAUCAUGAUCGAGACGGCCAACUACGGCCGGACCGACGACAAGAUCUGCGACGCCGACCCCUUCCAGAUGGAGAACGUCCAGUGCUACCUGCCCGACGCCUUCAAGAUCAUGUCGCAGAGGUGUAAUAAUCGGACACAGUGUGUGGUGGUGGCUGGGUCCGACGUGUUCCCAGACCCGUGUCCCGGGACCUACAAGUACCUGGAGAUCCAGUAUGAGUGUGUCCCCUACAUCUUUGUGUGUCCGGGCACACUGCUCCGGGUUCAGGCUGCCAGCUCGCUGCAGGAGGCGGAGCAUCAGUCGGGGGCGUGGUGUAAGGACCCCCUGCAGUCGGGGGACCGGCUCUAUGUCAUGCCCUGGACGCCCUACCGCACGGACAUGCUGUAUGAGUACGCCUCCUGGGACGACUUCAGACAGAGCCGCGCCACAACCACCUACAAAUUGCCUAACCGCGUUGACGGCACCGGCUUUGUGGUGUACGACGGUGCCGUGUUCUACAACAAAGAGCGCACGCGCAACAUCGUCAAGUACGACCUGCGCACGCGCAUCAAGAGCGGCGAGGCGAUUAUCGCCAAUGCCAACUACCACGACACGUCACCCUACCGCUGGGGGGGGAAGAGCGAUAUCGACCUGGCGGUGGACGAAAACGGCCUGUGGGUCAUCUACGCCACCGAGUCUAAUAACGGACGACUGGUGGUCAGCCAGGUGAACCCGUACACGCUGCGCUUCGAGGGCACCUGGGAGACCAGCUUCGACAAGCGGCUGGCGUCCAACGCCUUCGUGGCGUGUGGCGUGCUGUACGCCGUGCGGAGCGUCUACCAGGACGACGACAGCGAGGCCGGCGGGGACCUGAUCCUGUACGCCUACAACACUAACCGUGCCCGCGAAGAGCCCGUCCACAUCCCCUUCCCCAACCCCUACCAGUAUGUCUCCUCCGUGGACUACAAUCCCAGAGACAACCAGCUCUACGUCUGGAACAACUAUAAUGUCCUGAGAUACCCGCUGGAGUUUGGUCCACCGAACCCCACCACUGGCCCCGUGACCACCACUCAGGUAAUCAGCACCACUCCAGUCCGACCCUUCACAUCCAGUUCCAGCCCUGCCACAACCCGCCCCCUGGCACCGACCUCUCGCCCCAUUGGUUCUAUCAACAAGGGCCCAGACUUGCGGCCAAUCACAGCCACAGUACCAGUCACCAGGCGUCCACCGCGCCCUCCCGCUCAGGGCCCGGAGUCCCAAGUGUGUGAAGGCCGAGUGGCCAGAGGGGUACAAUGGCCCUCCACCCAGAGAGGGGAGACUGUGGAUCGGCCCUGCCCUAAGGGAUCCUUAGGCAUUGCCUCCUUCCAGUGCUUGGUGGCCCCAGUCAUGUGGAACCCUCGGGGGCCUGACCUCAGUAACUGCACCUCUCCCUGGGUCAACCAGGUUGCCCAGAAGAUAAAGAGCGGUGAGAACGCUGCCAACAUAGCCGGGGAGUUAGUGAACCACACGCGGGGGCGGAUCCACGCUGGUGACGUCAGCUCGUCGGUGCGUCUGAUGGAACAGCUGCUGGACAUAUUGGAUGCUCAGCUUCAGGCCCUACGGCCAGGCAACAAAGAGUCAGCCGCACGCAACUACAACAAGCUACAGAAGAGGGAACGGACGUGCCGGGCUUACAUCCAGGCCGUAGUGCAAACAGUGGACAACCUGCUCCGGACGGAGGCUCUGGAGUCAUGGCAGGACAUGAACACCACGGAGCAGGCCCACACCGCCACCAUGCUACUGGAUGUCUUAGAGAAAGGAGCCUUCCUACUGGCCAACAACAUGUACGGCCUCCGCUUCACUGACCGGGCUCCCAACAUCGACCUGGAGGUGCACGUGUUGAACACAGAGAUGGACCUGCAAGACCUGUCCUUUCCCCAGAAUUAUGUGAGCGACAGCACCAUCAAGCUCUCCGCCUCCACCAUCAAACAGUACAGCCGCAACGGUCAAGUCAAAGUAGUGUUUGUGCUUUAUAAGAAUCUGGGCUCCUUCCUGUCUACGGAAAACGCCACAGUGAAGAUGGAGCUGGAGGCGGGGCUAGGUGGCCGGGGCUUGGCAGUGAACUCCCACGUCAUCGCCGCUUCCAUCAAUAAAGAGUCUAGCAGAGUGUUCCUCACUGAGCCAGUGGUCUUCACACUCAAACACCUGCAGUUGGAAAACCACUACAGCCCCAACUGUUCCUUCUGGAACUAUUCUGAGCGCUCCAUGACCGGUCAGUGGUCGUCUCAGGGUUGUCGGCUUCUGGACACCAACAGCACGCACACCACCUGUUCCUGUUCCCACCUUACCAACUUUGCCGUGCUCAUGGCUCACCACGAACCUGAUUACCCCGGGAGGAUGCAUGAGUUGAUCCUGUUUGUGAUCACCUGGGUGGGCAUCGUGAUCAGCCUAGUCUGCCUGGCCAUCUGCAUCUCUACCUUCUGCUUCCUGCGAGGCCUUCAGACCGACAGGAACACGAUCCACAAGAACCUCUGCAUCAACCUCUUCAUCGCAGAGCUCCUCUUCCUCAUCGGCAUCGACAAGACCCAGUACCACAUUGCCUGUCCCAUCUUUGCUGGUCUGCUUCAUUUCUUCUUCCUGGCUGCAUUCUCCUGGAUGUGUUUGGAGGGCAUCCAGCUCUAUCUGAUGCUGGUGGAGGUGUUUGAGAGCGAGUAUUCCCGCAAGAAGUACUACUACCUGUGCGGCUACUGCUUUCCUGCUCUGGUGGUGGGCAUCUCGGCAGCCAUAGACUACCGGAGCUAUGGGACCAAGAAAGCGUGCUGGCUGCGGGUGGAUAACUACUUCAUUUGGAGCUUCAUUGGACCUGUGUCUUUCGUUAUUAUGCUGAAUCUGAUAUUCCUCAUGAUCACUGUGCACAAGAUGACCCGUAACUCCUCAGCACUCAAACCUGACUCCAGUCGACUGGACAACAUCAAGUCGUGGGCUAUUGGGGCCAUCGCACUUCUGUUCUUGCUGGGUCUGACCUGGUCUUUUGGCCUCCUCUUCAUCAACGAGAACACAGUGAUCAUGGCCUACCUCUUCACCACCUUUAACGCCUUCCAGGGCAUGUUCAUCUUCAUCUUCCACUGUGCCCUGCAGAAGAAGGUCCAUAAGGAGUACAGUAAGUGUCUUCGUCAUUCGUACUGCUGCAGCCGGACCUCCACCACCAGCUCCCACGGCUCCCUGAAGAACUCGGCCCUGCGUGCCAACAACCGCUACUACACCGGGAGCCAGGCCCGGCACGCUGCCGCUCACAGACAGAGCCGGAUCCGCAGGAUGUGGAAUGACACGGUUCGAAAGCAGACAGAAUCUUCCUUUAUGGCUGGAGACAUCAACAGCACUCCUUCACUCAACCGCGCCACCAUGGGAAACCACCUGCUGACUAACCCAGUGUUGCAAACCCGCGCCGGCACGUCUCCCUACAACACCUUACUGGCUGAAAGCUUCACUCCCCCUUCCCCUGGGGUCUUCAACUCCACUGGAACCUUCCGUGAUCCAAAGAGUACUCUAUCGAAAGGCCGUGACCCGUGUGGCAUGGAGACCCUGCCUCUCAACGGAAACUUCAACAACAGCUACUCCCUCCGCAGUGUGGCGGCACCCGGGGGCGGCAGCGGGGGCAGCUGCGACUUCCUUGGCGGGGGCAUGGGGGGUGCAGACAGCCCACCUCCCCUCCUCAACCCGCGCGGCUCGGAGACCCUGGGGGGCGGCGGCAUACGACGCAACCUGUCCGACGCCGCGGCCUUCGAGAAGAUGAUCAUCUCUGAGCUGGUGCACAACAACCUGCGCGGGGGAGGGGCCGGGCCCGGGGACCGGGUCUGUGGCAGUCUGGCCCGGGGACGCCCCCACGGCGGGGUGGGCCGAGGCGGCGGAGGGGCCGGGCCAGAGCCCAGCAUCAACCUGGACGACGACUUCCUGUCCAGGGAAGGCGGGAGCCAGCGGACGCCGCAGGACGUGGAGCUGCUCUACAAGGCCCUGGAGGAGCCCCUGCUGCUACAAAGAGCCCAGUCUGUCCUGUACCAGUCCGACGCGGAGGAAUCGGAGAGCUACACGGCCGACCUCACGGAGAGCCUGGGCCACAGCGGCCACAGUGGGCAGAGCGCCGGAGGCCAGGGGGCGGGGGGGCAGGGGACCGACUCGCCCGCGCGGGACUCCCUGUACACCAGCAUCACCAACCUGCGAGACUCGCCUUACCCAGACAGCAGCCCGGAGCCUCUGGAGGUGGUGCCCCGCUCAGCCCAGCCCCCCGAGGAGCUCUACUACAGCUCCGGGAGGCCAGCCUUGGGUUCCCGAGGAGCGCCCAUGCAGACCUUCUACCAGGCCCCGCCCCCGAGGAGGCCCAGCAAAGAGGGGGACGGGCAUCCCGGCCAGGAGCCUGCCCACAGCGAGGGAGACGGACAGAUGCAGCUGGUCACCAGCCUGUGACUGGAACACGGAGGAUGCAGAUGGGGACCAAGAUGAGGAGGAUUAAGGCUGGCUGGAAGAACCUGCCUCUCUUUCUCUCUCUCUCUCUCUCUCUCUCGCUCCUCUCCACUUCCUGCUCGAUUGGUUGCCUUUUUUUCCUGUUUAUUUUUCUGAAAGAUGAGCAAAGUAAUUUCCAUUUCAGGAGAGUUUUAGUGGUCUCCGCGACAGCAGUUAUACUAGAGACCCUCCCAUGUCGGGUUUAGAUGAAUGAUGGCUGAGUUGUUCUCCAGAACAUUCACCUGCAAUCUUCUCUAUCUUCUAGAUCCCUUAUAUAAUUUGGCACACAGCAGACAGAUGCCAUGUCCAGCACUCUGAAUGUACCUAUCCAAACAAUCCCUUAAACUUACUCCUAAAGAGUUACAGAUUUUCUCAACUUUAUUGAAAGUUAUUUUUAUUUACAAAUGUCUACAUUCCUUUAGAGAAACUGUCAGGAUUUUUCUAGUUUCCUUCACUCUUUCCCAUUUUAAUGUUCGUAUUCUUUUAGGUUUUUUUUGUUCAUUCAUCAUUUGAUCAGCUUAGUUAGCUACGGAGACAGGGGAUAUAGCAGGCCAUUAUACCAUAAAAAAUAUCUCUGAAAGCUACUUCAGUGUUGCCAAAAAUACCUUUUCCAAGCCAGAACAGAAACUGGAACAUUCACACACACACACAAACACACACACAGACAGACAUACACACCCACUCUCAUUUACUCACUCACAGAAGUGCUUGUUUCUGAACAUCAGACGUUGAAAACAACACCCCCUCCAUCUGAGUAAAAAGGAGCCAGAACAACUGUUCCGACAAGGCAGUGGGAGCAGCCUCAGAGUAGUUGCCUUUAUUUUAUCUCGCUGUGAACUGACUCUUAUGUACAGAAACAGAGGAGCGACUGAGAGUAUCAGAACCUCCAGGGAAAGACGCCACGGGACAUGAUGUGUGUCUGUGGGUCAAGGGUCAAGAAGCGGAGCUUCACUUGUGGAAAGGACUUCAGGAAAGGACUUUUUUUAUUUGGGCUUUUUUGUUAUUUUCUUCAGACAUUUGAAAAGUAAAAGAAUGCCUAACUAGCUUUGGAGGAAAAUAUUAUCUAGGGGACAUUCUGUUGUAACAGCUGGGGGGUUUAAUAAGGGACAUAUUGUGCACCCUUUAAGAAUGGAUGCCCCCCUGAAUGGACGUGCACACCUCACCUGUGUAUGGUUGGGACUAAAGGGACUCCAAAUGUUGCAACCACUUCAGCCGUUACUCAAGUCUAACCCUGUAAAUAUGAACCACACAAACAAAGUACUUAACUUUACUCCUACUGUGUAAAUAGAAACAACAGAUGAACAAAAGCAACAAAAAAGUAACAAAUAUUAGGAAUAACAGACUUCUUGUACUGCAACAAAACAACAAAAGAAAAAAAUAAAAUGUUUUGGAGUUUGUGACCUGAAUGAUACACUGUCUCUCCCUGUCCUUCUUCCUCUGCCUCUCUUUGCCCUAACUAAUGCUGUGCCAUUCAGUGAAAAAACCUUCAACACAAAAACAGAGAGAGAAAGAGAAAGAACAUGAUGGGUGGUAGAUUUUGAAUACAAAAAAAAAAGGAAGAAAAAAAAAAGUCCUGGCACAAUUUUACAGUAUGUAAUAUAAUCCAUUACAUGUUGUUAAUGUUUGACCUGUGACAUUCCCAGACAGAGAGUGCUUAGCGUGGGCAGUGGGGAGGGGGAAUACAUGUCAUUACAUGUCAUACUGUGCCUCAUCACGUGCACUGGAAUGCAUUGUGGUUUAAGGACAGCAGCCAUAAUGUAUUGUUUGAAGGAUUUUAUCCUAGAUAUAACUAGAUGACAUCUGUUUAAUAUGAUGGGUUUUAACAAGUCAGAUAGACAUUUGUUUUCUAUCAAAUCCUCUGGCAUUUUGCUGUUUCUAAAAGAUUGUUUCAGCAUUAUCCCAGAGCCUCAUGUGACAACUCAUUCCCUGUGUGUGUGUGUGUGUGUGUGUGUCUGUUUGUGUGUGUAUUUGUGCAUGAAAAGACUGUGUGUGUGUGUGUGUGUGUGUGUCUGUGUCUGUGUCUGUGUGUGUGUGUGUGUUCAAAUGGGUAUGUGGUAUGUUCAAGUGUAUGUACCAUAUCCGUGUGAAUUUUGUAAGUUCCAAAAAAAAAAUAUUUUUGUUGUGUGAAUUGAAUGCACAUUGGAUGAAGGGAUAGUUAUUCUCUCAUCUGUGAGAAAGCAUAUUAUUUUAGCUUCCAGGUCAACAACUAAGAUAACCAGCUGAUUCUGGCUGUUUCUAUGAGGAUUCAGUUACCAAUGUGUAGACUUCAAGCUGUCUCGUAGGAGCUUGAGCAAGGAACAAAGACACGUGCGCUGUCCACAGUGGUACCCUAUUACCCAUGUAGUGCGCUACUUGUGACCCGGGCCUCCCCAUUUAGUAUGGAAAUGUUGUACACUACAUAGGGAAUAAGGUGGCAUUUUAGACCCUGAGAGUGGUGUCAGAAUGACAUGCAGGGUUGAGUGAUGGUACCAAUCAUGUAGUCAGAAUGUGGCGUUCCUGUGUGCAAGGGAUUCCAGAAAGAAACCAUCCGUCAAACCAGAGACAUAUUCAUGAGGUUCCUUCCCCCUCAAGACUGUCCCAACCUUAAAAAGCAUGAGUUUUGCCUUCACACUUUAUUUAUGUCUUUUUCUAAUGCUUUAUUUAUCUAUAUUUAUUUAUCUGUUUGUAAUAUUUAUUUCUAUGUUCAUUUAUUCAUGCUUUAUUUUUUAUUUUUCAAAAUCUCUGUAUAUAGCUGAGCUGUGCGAAGGGAAUGCAGAAGGAAGUACAUUCAAAUGUACUGUAUGUUAAGGCAAGUAAAUGGAUUCUCCAGCGUCCACAUCAAGGUGACAUUUGACUAAGGCCUGGGAGUCCCACUUCAUCCUAAAGACUUAUAAAGGGCACACUGAGAAUUGUUGUGGCUCUUGGGGGUGGGGGAUAGAAGGAGGAAUACAUCAGCUUUCAUCACCAUUCCUCUUGGAGGGAGAAUCUUCAAGUUCCAACUCCAAUAUCAGGCCAAUGCGGCCUAGCCAUUCUGAAGGGGGCAUGUGUGCAAUACUGUGCUGGUGUACCUGAUUGGGUUAAACAUGGGGAAAGGCCUGCUUGGACUGGGCUGCUGUGGGUCUACACUAUCUGGGUUUAUACAUAAUGAUCCCAUCAUAUGCACAUUUUAUUUAGCUCGUUAUUAGAUUAGAUAUGAAUUAAACAUUGGCCUUGCGGCUCAUACUUAAUUACACAGGCGCAUUGACCAGUGGACAACAAUGGACAGUUGAAUGUAUUUUGAUUAGAAGGAUUAAAGAAAAGUGAAUAAAUGCCCUAUGCUGAUUGCCAUCAUCCAUCAUCGUCAUCACCACUUAAAACUUCUCGCCAGGAGGGGAAGAACCUGCAUUACCAUCUUCUGUGUGUUGCUAUUCCAAUUCUAUGCCGUCCUAGCUCUCUCACCUCCCCACCCUUCUCGGUCUUCCCUCUCUCACAUCCAACCUCCCCCCCAUCGUAUUUCACCAUAUCAUCCCAUUUGACUUAAUGGGCUCUCUUUUAGCCCAGCCUUCAUCCCCAAAUUUUGUAUUGAGUUAAUUUGUUUGUCAAAAGCUGUGUUUACACCAGAUUGAUAUCUCAAUAAACAGUGGAGUCGUACUGUAUUGUAGUAAUUACAGUGAUUAUACAACAGAAAGAGGUGUAGGACCAAGAGGCCUGCUCCAUGGGAAUUUAACCCCCAUCUAAAUCCCCCUGAAUUCUCUGAUUAGGAUAAUAAUACCGGCUAAUCAUUUACCGGUGAGCCAACAGUGAACCCUCCAUUUUCCAACACACUAUCUCUCUCACUUCUGGCUCACCGCUCCUGGCACAUUCACCCGGCCCCUAGCUGCCUCCGUGUGUAGGUGGAUGGGAUGAUGUUACAAAGCUAGAGGUAGAGGCAGUUGGCUGCAGCUCCAACCCUGCAAGAACAGUCCUGACCUUGUGAUGCCGUUAGACAGCAGAUGACCCUGGGAUGUGAAGGUAGCCCUGCCCUGCCACUGACCCUUUCAGAUGAACUGUUUCUUGCCCAGAUUUGUGUGGCCUCUAUCUUGUGACCUCUGCGUUAGUUCAGAAGCAUGGCAGUUUUUCCUCUGAAGCAGAGCGGAGGACAGGAGUAGCACUGGGCCAUGCCGUCCUCAGGGAGAUGCCACGGAGGGAGCCACGUCAGGGAAACGGCCGGCAACGGACAAAGUGUGUUUGGGAGGGAUGGGGGGGGGGGGGUGUCUGUGUGUGUGCAUGUGUGCACGUUCUUGCGAGGCUGUAUAGGAAGCAGAGAUAAGGAUAUGAUUUGUUGCUGUAGAGGCCUCCAGAGUCAGGAGGUUAUCAGAGAACUGUUUCAAUUGAUCAACUAAGCAGGCCCACAAGAUCAACUCCACUCUACUCACAAACCCAUUCCAAGAGCAGCACAGGAACCUGUGUGUAGAGAAAUGAGGUCCAUACUCCUAUCCCUGUUUAUACAUAAUUUAGAUAUAAUAUGAAUCAACUGCCACAUCUGCUGGACAAGGCAGAUUUUUUUAGAAUGCAAAGGAAUGGGACUUGGCAUUCCUAUUAAGAUUUUUAAAUCCAAAUAUAAACAAUAAAAACGUAGUACUAUUUUGUUAUUGGUCUCUUGUUAAGUGUUCACAUGACUACAGCACAUAUAUCAUAGUUUUAAGAAUGUUUAGGCAUAAUAUGACAAAUGCAGUGACAAGGAUUGCACUGUUUCCUUUUUUAUGUUAGUAACUACCAUGGAGCUGAGCCAAGCUUCAAAGUCGGCCAUUUUUGAUACAGAGAGGGUAGGCUUGGGAAAUUCUACAUACAGAAUCUCUGGUGCAAAAGAAAAAAGACAACACACCCAAUACAGGGAUACUAACACAAGUACAUGUCCGGCCAGGUUAGGUAGCUUAAUCUACUAUGUGCUGUGAAGUGGAAUUAGAGAUCCUAUAAGAUCAUAAUAUACAGAUUACAUGUUUGAAGUCCAUUCACGUAACAAUAGAAGGUAGGAGCAGGCUGAUGUUGACCUAAUCAUUUAUGUAGGCAUGCUUUUAUAUUUCUACAUUGCCCAGCACUCAGGGCCCCUCAAACUGUUUGACUCUGAACUGAUCUGUGUCUGCAACUCUGCAUGUGUACAUGACUAACUGUUUAGGGAGCGGCUUCGUACAACAACCACGGCCCCCAGGAAACACGGCACACUAUGCAAUAUAGGUGCUGCUGUAUUGCCGGGGCUUCUGCUGUUUGAGAGCCACAGCUAUAAGUGUACAUGGAAAGCCUCUGGGAAAUGCAUGAGGUGUUCUGGUGUCUAUAGGGGCAGGCUAUUAGUAGUAGGUCACUAUUGUCAUUGGUCUCACCCAGUCAGACAGUAUUGGACAUCAGAAGUGACCUGCCAGAUACCCUGAGAAGGCAGACCAGGGGUGGGGACGAUGUGAAUGAGGACUGGUGUAACUGUUACUGAAGACAGUGGCCGUACAGAUCGACGAGCACAGUUCGGCAGGCGGGAUCCAUUCACGGUCAGUAGGAACAGUGAGGAGUACGAAACUUGUGCCAAUGGGGUGAUGAUAAUGUGUAGAACACACCAUUUUACAGUACUUCUCUGAGUUCUCUACAAUGGGUUGUUCUCGAUUCAUUUGUUCUGUAAUGCUGAAUCCUUUUUGAAGAGCGGUGGAUGUAAAGCCUUGAUUCAGUUGUUUUAUUUCUUUCAUUUAUUUCUUUUUUUCAGUUUGGGAAUGAUGCGUGAUUCUUUUCUCAUGGUCAGUGCUUUGACAGCUGUCUGUCUGGGCCGAAGGGGAUGGUGGUUUUCUGUCAUCGCAGGUCAGCUCGACCAUGUAUCAGCACAUAUUAAUAAAAAAUAAUUCAAAAUCGA